UCCAACGUUUCACCCUCACAUCACAUGUGCCACAGUACUACCUCAAAACAUUCAUCAUUCAACAAUUAACAAAAACAACACCUUCAAACAUAAACAUUGUUUCCAUAGCUAUCUUCAAAUAUUGUUCUUGUUUCUUUUGCCACACCCCAUUUGUUCCUUCAUCCUUAAAAAACACAUUCAUUCAAAAGAGUUAUAAAUUUUAAUUUGUUACAAUAUAUAGUAUAAUCAUAUUCACAUCUAGUUUUAGCUUUCUACUAUAUUUGGCAAAAACAUUCUUAAAAUAAUUUUUACCUUAAUAACAAACUUACAAAAAAAACUAUUAUUUCUCUACAUUUAGUGGUCUUUUUUUCAUUUUAAUGAAUUUUUUGAGAGAAGAAAAAAACAUAUUUUGGAGAAGGUUUUGUUAAUAAAAAUCAAAAGGGUGAUUGAAUCUACAAGAAAAAAUGGCUACAGAGGCGUUUAUUUUAAAAGAAAGCGCCUAUUUUUCAUUAAGAGCAUUGAAGAGUCUUCUCAUGUUAAUAUCAGCAAUGUUUAUGGUACUUUUGUUACCAUUUAGAGGAAGGAGAAGGGUAUCACCUGUUGAAAAGGAGGAGAAAAUUCAAGAAUGUUGUCAUCAUCAUCAUCAUCAUCAUCAUCAUCAUCACCGGAAAGGCGCGGUGGUGCGUGUUCCGGCUAAGAUUGUGCCAUGGAAGAGUGCUGGUGGUGGUGGCGGUGGUGUUGGUGUGGUUGCAAUGAAGGUGAUGGAUCAUGUGAUGAGGAGGGAAUUGGCUAUAAGGAGGGUUUUGGAGGAUGGUGAUGAGAAAUGUUUGAGAGAGUAUUUUCUUUUUGGAACUAAAAGGGGUGACACAAUUUUCACACAAUGUUGGACACCUGUUUAUGUUAAGAUUAGGGGACUUGUUAUUGUUAUGCAUGGUCUUAAUGAACACAGUGGUAGAUAUAGUAAUUUUGCAAAGCAGCUAAAUGCUAAUGGCUACAAGGUUUAUGGAAUGGAUUGGAUUGGUCAUGGUGGAAGUGAUGGUCUGCAUGGAUAUGUCCAUUCUCUUGAUGAUGCUGUUUCUGAUUUGAAAGUAUUUAUUGAGAAGGUUAUAUCUGAAAAUCCUGGCCUUCCACUUUUCUGCUAUGCACACUCAACAGGUGCAGCAAUUACUCUUAAGGCACUUCUUGAUCCAAAAAUUGGAGCUUGCGUAGCUGGUGCUACAUUCACAUCACCUGCAGUCGGAGUUGAGCCUUCUCAUCCAAUUUUGGUGGCACUUGCGCCAAUACUAUCAUUUUUGCUGCCAACAUUCCAAUGUAAUUCUGCAUAUAAAAAAGGUUUACCAGUUUCUCGUGACCCAGAGGCUCUUAUUGCGAAGUAUUCAGACCCGUUAGUGUGCACGGGAUCUCUUAGAAUACGAACUGGCUAUGAGAUUCUUCAAAUUACAUGCUACUUGCAGCAAAAUCUAAGUAAAAUUAGAGUUCCAUUUCUUGUUCUACAUGGCACUGCUGAUUCUGUGACUGAUCCUACUGCUUCACAAAAACUAUAUGAAGAAUCUUCAUCAAAUGACAAAACUAUCAAAUUGUAUGAAGGAUUUUCACAUGAUCUACUAUUUGAACCUGAAAGAGAUGCUAUCACUGAAGAUAUAAUUCAAUGGUUGAAUAGUAGAGUGUGAAAUUAGGUAAAGCAGCGACGGAAAGGAUUUGGAUUUUCUAAAGUGAGUGAAGUGUAAGUAAAGUGAGGAAAUCAAGAGCUCUGAUUAUAACAAAUGUCAUGUUUUGUUAUGAUGUACUUAUAAUAUCUACCUUUGAUUUAUUAUUUAAUGGUUGGUAUUAUUCACUUUACACUCUAAAGUGAAUCGCUCGCUUUAGAGGAGCUGGAUCCGAGAAGAAAAUGUGAUGGAGGUUGAAGCGUCUGCAUUUUGUUGAUGAAUUUUAUGGGCUGUAAUUGUGACUAAAUUACUUGUAGCAAUGUAUUAUACUUUUAUUUUUUGCUUA